AUGGGGACUGUCGAGGAAACCUUGAAGUGUCCCGUCUGCCAGGAUUUCUUCACAGAUCCUGUGACACUGCCAUGCGGACAUGACUUCUGUCUCACCUGUAUCCAGGCUGUCUGGGAAACAGAGGGGUCUGAUGAGGGUCCAUUCUUCUGUCCAGAGUGUCAGAUAUUCCUCCCCCCUGAUCUCACACUGGAGACAAACAUCAGCCUUCAAAGCAAAGUAAAGAACUUCGCCACUAGCAGGCCGUCAGCUACAGAGUCAAGGACAACAACACCAAGCAGGGAAACCAAAUCUUCCUCAACUAUCCGCUGUGACCACUGCAUAGAGGCACAGUCGGUGGCCAUAAGGACCUGUCUGACCUGUGACGCCUCACUGUGCCAGGCUCACGCCCUGCUGCACCAGCAGAGGUCUUCUCUGAGGGAGCACACGGUUGUGGAGGUGACGGGGGAUCCGCUGUCUCUGAAGUGCCGGGAGCACCGUGAGGAGCUCAAGCUCUUCUGUAUAGAGGAGAAGGUUCCUGUGUGCUGUCUGUGUGUCCUGGUUGGCAUGCACAAGAACCACAAAGCAAUGCAGCUCCGUGAGGCCUGCGCGGACUUCAAGAGCGUGUUAGAGACCACAAUGAACCAGCUGCUGAAGAGGAGAAGUGAAGCAGAACACGGCAUAAGGGACUUGGAGUCCUUGUAUGCACAAACAGUGAAGUCUGCUUCAGAUUUCAGAGAAAGAAUCUCGGACAAAUACAGCAGGAUUCGCGUGGUUCUGGAUGGUGAUGAGCGUCUAAUGAUGCAGAUUAUAGACGCAGAAGAGACGUACAUGACAGAGUGGCUGGAGGCCCAGAGAUGCAACAUGGAGGCUCAGAUCAAAGAGAUAGACAGCCUCAGAGCCUCCAGAAAAUCACUCCUCCAAGAGUCAAAUGAGCUGCGAUUCCUACAGCAAAUCACAGCACAGAGUCUUUGCAACCCUUUGGAUUUAGCACCAAUCCAGGAGGUAGACAAAUAUCUGUGCAACCUUGAGAAGCUAAGAACAGUGGAGAGGCUGGUGGAUGACCUCUCAGUGGCCCUGUCCCAACACUUCCCACGAAUGUGGUCAUAUCUAAGUUCUCCUGCUCUGGACUCCAAGUCAGCACAUCCACAACUGGAAAUAUCCCAGGACAGGAAACAGGUAUACUGGAGAAGGCAGCCUGUCAGUGAAGCUCCGAACCCUCAGCCAUAUGACUCCCAGUACAGCGUCCUGGCUCAGGAGAGUUUUACUACUGGCAGGCACUACUGGGAGGUCAUUGUUCAGGACAAACCUUACUGGCUAGUGGGUGUGACCACCGGGCCAGUUGAUAAAGGAGAUGCACCAAGACAGAGCUCCUCCAGCCUGGGUGUGAACAACACAUCCUGGUGCAUCUACCAUGGAGAUGGACAGUACCUGGCAUGCCAUGACACCCAGGAGAAGCAACUGUCAGUGGGGAAGAGAGUCAGAAAGCUAGGCAUACUGGCAAAUCUCCAGAAGGGGGAGCUGUCAUUCUACAAUGCUGAUGCCAUGACUCUGCUACACUCUUUCUGUUUGCAGUGCACAGAGCCUCUCUACCCCAUGUUAAACCCAUGCAUCGACGUGAAUGGACUUAACACGCAGCCGCUUACCAUGUUUUGGAUUCAGGACCCCUGGGAUUGGCAUGUAAAAACAGAAGGGGCCGAAGAUUGA